AUGUCUCAUCGAGGUAACCCCGCCAGCUCCACGGGAGGAGCUUCUUACGCGUCUUUCUCAUCUGGCAACAGAUUCGGUCCUACAGCCAAUAUAGCCCCUACCACCUCGACUCCAUCCGCCACCAAUUCUUCAGAGAGAGAUGCAGCCUUAGCAAAAGGUGCGGGGCCAUACGGUGCAGGUGGGAUAGAAGAUGAUGAUGAUUUGGAUGAUCACCUGCACACGUUCACCGCAGCAGAGAGGAAAGACCUUAGUACACCCUUUGAUAUCACUUCAUGGAGAGGAUGGGCAAACGCCUUGACUCUUUUGACAUUGGCCGCGGGCGGUGUGAUGUUGUUUGCAGGAUAUCCAAUCAUCGCUUGGUAUUACGGUAAUAGCAAUUCAUCAGGUGCCAAUACCUCUGGAUACAAUCUAGGUGGUAUAAACGGUUCAGGUCAAUAUCCCUCAAUUACCGGUUUACCUUCACUUAUAGACAGUGACACUCCCUCCGACUCGUACACCAAGACUGGAUCCGAUGGAAAUGAAUGGACUUUGGUUUUCUCAGAUGAAUUUAACAAAGAUGGAAGAACCUUCUAUGAUGGUGAUGAUCCUUUCUUCCAAGCGGUUGAUUUCCAUUAUUGGGCUACUGGUGACUUUGAAUGGUACGACCCUUCUGCCGCCACCACUCAAGAUGGUCAUCUCGUCCUUACCAUGACUCAAGAACCCAUCCACGAUCUCAACUUCAAAUCUGGUAUGAUCCAAUCAUGGAACAAGUUGUGCUUCAACAAAAAUGCCCAUAUUGAAGUGUCCGCCAGUUUGCCAGGUGUCACUACUGUCGGUGGUUUCUGGCCUGGUAUCUGGACUAUGGGUAACCUUGGUCGACCAGGUUACGGAGCUACGACCGAAGGAUUAUGGCCAUACACUUACGAUACAUGUGAUAUCGGAACGCUCGCAAAUCAAACCUAUGCCAACGGUACUGGUCCAGCUGCGACGCUCACCACCGGAUCAAAUGAUGGUCCACUCUCUUACCUCCCCGGUCAGCGACUUUCAGCAUGUACUUGUACAGGUGAAGAUCAUCCAGGACCCAACGUUGGUGUUGGAAGAGCGGCUCCUGAAAUCGAUUUGAUCGAAGCGCAAAUUAUUCUCUCCGAAUCACGAGGAGAAGUCUCGCAAUCCUUCCAAGUCGCUCCGUUCGACGACCACUAUCAAUUCGACAACUCUUCUGCAAACUUCAAGCAUUACGAUACGAGUUUGUCCUACUGGAAUACGUAUCUGGGAGGAAACUUCCAACAGGCUGUAUCGACUUUGACUAGGGUUCCUACGGAUAUCUACUACAAUCAACCUGGUUCUAACAAACAAUUCACGACUUUCGCUGUGGAAUGGCAAGCAUUCCCCGAUAAGAGGGAAGACGGUUAUAUCGCUUGGUACAGUGAUGGUGAACCAUCUUGGACGAUGUAUGCCGAUGCUGUCGCUGCAAAUGAAAAAGUCGAAAUCGGAAGGAGAAUUAUCCCCGAAGAACCCAUGGCCUUGAUUUUCAAUUUCGGAAUGUCAAACAAUUUCCAAGCUGUAGAUUUCGAUAAUUUGAUCUGGCCAAACUACGUUAGAAUCGAUUACAUCAGAGUUUACCAAAGGACCGAUACCGGUUCGAUAGGAUGUAGUCCCGAUGAUUACCCAACGGCUGAUUAUAUCUCGAAACAUGCCGAGGCGUACAAUAACCCCAAUUAUACAACUUGGGCAGAGUAUGGUGGAACUUUCCCUAAGAACAGACUUAUCGAUACCUGUUAA